UUGACCUCUUCCACUCCCCCUCUUCCUUCUCUUAUACCUCGCGAUGGCCAGGAUGAACAGCGCCGCACAGUAUGUCGUGCGACCACUUACAUCUGCUGACCUUGGUGCGGUCCGCGAGCUUCACGCUACGCUCCUCCCUAUGCGAUACCCUUCGUCGUUCUUCAUGUCUUUGCUCCUGCAAAAGGACCGCGUCUGCCUGGUCGCGUGCCCGAAGCGAGAUCCUAGCGACGUCGUCGCCUUCAUCUCGGCCUCGAAGCACGAAGGAUGCGGUUACUCUUCGUGCGAGUUCUCUGCGCAGCGCAGCGGCCAUCGCGCCGACCGCGCGCGAUCUACAGAGCCUCACGUCGAGAUCCUCACUCUCGGUGUCCUGCGCGAGCAUCAGCACCACGGCCUCGCCCAGCAGCUCGUCCACGCCGCCGCAUCGGCGCUCCUUCCCCGCAGCAAACCUGUUGCUGACAGCGACUCGGACACCGACGACGAUGUCGAUGCUCCCUCAUCCGGCGUCCUCAUCCAGGCCCACGUCUCUGCUGUCAAUGACAGCGCACGCCGCUUCUAUGAGCGUCUAGGCCUGCGGACGCGGGAGCGCAUCGCGAAUGCGUACAGGUAA